UACAUCCACCGACCGAUCUUGACGAAAGACCUGGAAGAGACAUUAAGAGCCGUCCGAUCUACUUCCACCCCUGUUUUGGGCGUAAGGAAAUAAACUAGUGCCGACGUGCUGCUCAGAUAACCUAGACAGGCUAGAUAAAACAAGGGAAGGGAUCUACACUUCCGGGUUCGCUUUCUAUGAUAAGCUACAUGUAAUCCAGAGUUUAAAAAACAAUGGCGUAAGGAGAGAUCUGUUCUAAUUUCUCCCACGCUUUCACCGUCAGCUCCAAUUCGAUCGACUACAUCUACUGAGCGCCGUAUAAUUUGAUUACUUUGUUUGAUUGGGUUGACCGACAGAAUAUCAGUUUAAUAUUUUGGCUUUACCUACAAGAAAAAAUGCCGAGCGGUGGAUUUAGGGUUUUACACCUUGUGAGGCCAUUUCUCUCAAUUUUGCCCGAGGUUCAGACAGCAGAAAGAAAAGUUCCUUUUCGGGAGAAGGUUCUUUAUACUGUAAUCUCUCUAUUUAUAUUUCUGGUAUGCAGUCAGUUGCCUCUGUAUGGUAUACAUUCAGCUACAGGUGCAGAUCCAUUCUAUUGGAUGCGUGUAAUCCUGGCCUCAAAUCGUGGAACUGUUAUGGAGCUUGGCAUUACACCUAUUGUUACUUCAGGCCUAGUGAUGCAGCUUUUGGCAGGAUCGAAGAUAAUUGAAGUGGACAAUAGUGUUCGAGAAGAUCGUGCACUUUUGAAUGGGGCACAGAAGUUACUUGGUGUUCUGAUCACAAUUGGGGAAGCAGUUGCGUACGUGCUUUCAGGAAUGUAUGGUGACAUCAGGGAUCUUGGAGCUGGCAAUGCCAUCCUUAUUAUUGUCCAACUCUUUUUUGCUGGUAUCAUUGUGAUAUGUUUGGAUGAGCUGCUUCAGAAAGGCUAUGGAUUGGGCUCAGGCAUUUCAUUAUUCAUUGCAACUAAUAUAUGUGAGAGUAUCAUAUGGAAGGCAUUUAGUCCCACAACAAUUAAUAGUGGACGUGGUGCUGAGUUUGAGGGAGCUGUGAUUGCAUUGUUCCAUUUGUUGAUAACACGAACAGACAAGGUUCGAGCACUCAGAGAGGCUUUUUACAGGCAGAAUCUUCCAAAUGUGACCAAUCUGCUUGCAACAGUUUUGGUUUUUCUCAUUGUGAUAUACUUCCAAGGCUUCCGGGUUGUUUUGCCUGUGAGAUCAAAGAAUGCACGUGGGCAGCAAGGAUCAUAUCCUAUUAAAUUAUUUUAUACAUCUAACAUGCCAAUCAUUCUGCAGUCAGCUUUGGUUUCGAAUUUGUAUUUCAUUUCUCAGUUGCUCUACAGGAGGUACAGUGGAAACUUCCUUAUUAAUUUGUUAGGAAAGUGGAAAGAAUCUGAAUAUUCUUCAAGUGGCCAGUUUGUUCCCGUGGGUGGUCUUGUUUAUUACAUCACCCCUCCUUCAAGCUUGGCAGAGAUGGCAGCAAAUCCUUUCCAUGCUCUUUUCUAUUUGACUUUUAUGCUGACAGCAUGUGCACUCUUUUCAAAGACAUGGAUUGAAGUAUCAGGUUCCUCUGCUAGAGAUGUAGCAAAACAGCUCAAGGAGCAACAAAUGGUUAUGCCAGGCCAUAGAGAGUCUAAUCUCCAGAAGGAGCUGAAUCGAUACAUACCAACUGCUGCAGCUUUCGGUGGCAUGUGCAUUGGUGCUCUGACUGUCAUGGCUGAUUUUAUGGGUGCAAUUGGUUCCGGGACAGGAAUUCUUCUGGCUGUAACUAUCAUCUACCAGUAUUUUGAGACCUUUGAGAAGGAAAGGGCCAGUGAAUUAGGUUUCUUUGGUUUUUGAACGAUAUCCCGUUGAACUUGAAAUUUUUAGAAAUGUUUCAUAUCAGACUUGUUUUGCUAGUUCUAUAACCCUUGAAAGAUGUGAGUUUCGGGGGAUUUUAAGCCCCAGUUGAAGUUUUGCAGCCAUCUUCUAAUGUAAACAGAAGUAGAAGCUAGCAGGCAUAAAGGUCCUGAGUGCUUUACUAACGUUGAGAUGUUUUAGAAUAACUUUUUAUUUGAACACAGCAGUUCUAUA